UCCCCGGCCGGACUGCGAGCUCUUGCCGCAACCGUUGGGUGCGCCAGAAGCAGAAGGAUUUGGCGCGGAUCGGGGUGGAGGCACGGUCGGCGGCAGAGGUGGACCAGGCCUGCCGGCGCCACGGCCUUCUCCCGACGCGCAACACACACGGCGGUCGGACUGAGCCAGUCCCCUUCUCUACGAAGCGAUCCGCCUUCCAGACGGGGCCGCAGCCACCACCGCAGCUGAUUCCGCCAAGGCCACCCCAGCUGCCGAUGCAGCCGCAGCAGCCGCACUACGUGGUGCCGGCGGAGUACCUCUCCCCGGUCGUGACCAUGACAUGGCAGCCCCGGUAUCUCCCCAUCUGCGAGGCGCAGUUUGUGGCGGGGCCCUAUCCCUCCCACUUCCAAGGGAUGCUGCCACAAGCGUGGCAGCAGGCACCCCACGGAAUGAUGCCGGUCGGCGCAGCAAUGCCGGGGUGGCACUUCGCCUCCGCCCCUGCCGCGCCACCUGCACCCGCCUCUCUCGCCCCAUCGAUGGCGGCGCCCCGACCGGCGGCGGCGGCGUACGUGGCGGCUGGGGUUAGGGCAGCGGCGGCGAGGGAGGCGGCGGCGGCGGCGGCGGCGCAGGAGGACUCCAACGCUCGGGAGCACGAUGCAGAGCAGCGCUACUACGCACGGCUCCGCUCCCUCGUGGCUCAGGGCCGGCUGCCGAAGGGCGUGGCGGACCGAAUUGUGUUGGGGGGGAAGAGCGAGAGCUCGAUCGCCGAAUGAGGGGUUCGCAGGUAAUCUCUUACCACGCGAGACCGCUGAUCGGUUAUUGUGUGAUGUAUAUAGACGAC